CCCGGCUCGCCUCGGGUUCGCCGCGGGCUCAGCUAUGCGUCGGCUGCUCGGGGACAGGCAGAGACCCCGCCACUGACAGCGGCCGCUUCCUGCGCUCCACAUCACGUUUGUCUGAGGCGGCGGCGGCGGCGGCAGCAAGAAGGACCUGGGCAUUAACUAUCUCGACUUGGAGACUUUGCUUUAUUUUUGGUUCUUGUCCUUUCCCGUGGAACCAGUAGUCUCUCUCGAGCUGAUCCUCCUUUAAAAAAAAAAAAAAAAAAAAAAAAAAGAGCGAGAGAGGGUGGUGGGGGGGGGGGAAGAGCAGCUGGAGUUUCUCCUCGGCUCGUUUUGACUUUUGUGGACGUGGAUCAUCUGGACUGGGAAGGGAAGCCGCGCGGCGCUGCUCUCCCCUUUCCCACCCCCUCGCCCCUCCAGCAGCCUGGGCUGCCGUCUCUCCCCCGAGCAGGACGGGAACUUUUAUUUGCAGCUCGCAGCCCGUGGCGAAUGGUGGGCAUCUCCGGUCCUCUGCAGUAAAAGAUUGCUCUCUGGACUGGUGAACAUACUAUCUGUCCCAGUCAGAAAAGGAAAGAGGAAAUUAGCAGAGCGAUUGGUGGAGAAUGAUAUCUGUCAAAAGAAACACUUGGAGAGCACUGAGUUUAGUGAUAGGUGACUGCCGGAAAAAAGGGAACUUUGAAUUUUGUCAAGAUCGCACUGAGAAGCAUUCCACAAUGCCAGACUCACCUGUGGAUGUGAAGACACAAUCCAGGCUGACGCCUCCAACCAUGCCACCUCCUCCCACUACCCAAGGAGCUCCAAGAACCAGUUCAUUUACGCCCACAACGUUAACCAAUGGCACUAGCCAUUCACCAACAGCGUUAAAUGGAGCUCCAUCUCCUCCUAAUGGCUUUAGCAAUGGGCCAUCCUCUUCCUCUUCCUCUUCUCUGGCUAACCAGCAGUUACCGCCAGCUUGUGGAGCUAGGCAGCUCAGCAAACUGAAGAGAUUUCUUACAACCUUACAGCAGUUUGGCAAUGACAUUUCACCAGAGAUUGGGGAGAGAGUGCGUACCCUUGUGCUAGGACUUGUGAAUUCUACUUUGACAAUUGAAGAAUUUCAUUCCAAACUGCAAGAAGCUACUAACUUCCCACUGCGACCUUUUGUCAUCCCAUUUUUAAAGGCCAAUCUGCCCCUGCUGCAGCGGGAGCUGCUGCACUGUGCAAGGCUAGCCAAGCAGAACCCAGCCCAGUACCUCGCCCAGCACGAACAGCUGCUUCUGGAUGCCAGCACCACCUCACCUGUUGACUCCUCAGAGCUGCUUCUCGAUGUGAACGAAAACGGGAAGAGGCGAACUCCAGACAGAACCAAAGAAAAUGGCUUUGACAGAGAGCCUUUGCACUCAGAGCAUCCAAGCAAGCGGCCCUGCACUAUUAGCCCAGGCCAGCGGUACAGUCCAAAUAAUGGCUUAUCUUAUCAGCCCAAUGGUCUGCCUCAUCCCACCCCACCUCCACCUCAGCAUUAUCGUUUGGAUGAUAUGGCCAUUGCCCACCACUACAGGGACUCAUACAGACACCCCAAUCACAGGGACCUCAGGGACAGAAACAGACCUAUGGGGUUGCAUGGCACGCGUCAAGAAGAAAUGAUUGAUCACAGGCUAACAGACAGAGAAUGGGCAGAAGAGUGGAAACAUCUUGACCAUUUGUUGAACUGUAUAAUGGACAUGGUGGAAAAAACUAGGCGAUCUCUCACUGUCCUACGGCGAUGUCAGGAAGCAGACCGUGAAGAGCUGAAUUACUGGAUACGGCGGUACAGCGAUGCGGAGGAUUUAAAAAAAGGCGGAAACAGCAGCAGUAGUCAUUCCAGACAGCAGAGUCCAGUGAAUCCAGAUCCAGUUUCAUUAGAAUCUCAUCGGGAAUUCCUUCACAGGCCUGCGUCUGGAUAUGUGCCAGAGGAGAUCUGGAAGAAAGCUGAGGAAGCAGUCAAUGAAGUGAAGCGCCAGGCGAUGGCCGAGCUGCAGAAGGCGGUGUCGGAGGCCGAGCGGAAGGCUCACGACAUGAUCACUUCCGAGAGGGCCAAGAUGGAGCGCACUGUUGCCGAAGCCAAGCGCCAGGCGGCAGAGGAUGCCCUGGCUGUCAUCAAUCAGCAGGAGGAUUCAAGUGAGAGUUGCUGGAACUGUGGCCGGAAAGCUAGUGAAACCUGCAGUGGUUGCAACACAGCGCGAUACUGUGGCUCAUUUUGCCAGCACAAGGACUGGGAGAAGCACCAUCACAUCUGUGGACAGACCCUCCAAGCCCAGCAGCAAGGAGAGACACCAGCAGUGAGCUCCUCUGUGACACCCAGCAGCGGGGCCGGGAGCCCCAUCGACACUCCACCAGCAGCUACUCCGAGGUCCACCACCCCGGGAACCCCAUCCACCAUAGACGCGACUCCUCGUUAAAACUGAACUCGGAACUCCGGAAACAAAAACACAACAGAAAAUGAAACCAAUUCUUCAUCCUCAGAUGCGCAAAGAUUUUAACUGAACUG